AAACAGAGCAUUCCAGCGUAUCCCCCAGGUGAAACAGGAGCCAUGAGUAGACAGGCUACCCUCCUUAUCCGGGGGUUUUUGUUUGCAACUGUGUUUUUGGCAGGGUUCUUCUAUCUGCUCCCUCAGGCACCCAUUGUCCAUUCCCCCGAACCGCCCCACAGUUUACAUGUACCACAGCAGGAGGCUGCCCCGCGAAAGCCAGUGUUGCCUGUGAAACCACCGAUACUGCCUGCGCCGACAUCCGUUAGUAAGGAAGUUGUUCCGUCAGAAUAUUCGCGCGAUAGACCCGAAAACAUCAGGGCCCUCUUCAGAGACGAAAAAGAUAGUCUGGAUGUUACCCCGGUGAUUCGGAAAUUGCAUUUAGGUCGACGGCUACGCAUUUCCAAGGAAAUCAACUUGUAUCCCCUUUUUGGUGAUGCACGAGGAUCUUCUCUUGACAUAACAUAUAUGUACCGCGGCCUCAAUGCCUCGUUAUCAGCGACGGUCAUCACAAAAGGGGAAGGGUUGAUGUUUCUCCAAUCAGAUGUAGUUAUCCCGGAUACAUUAGUGGAAGAGGAUAUGCCUGAGCGCUAUCAGGGAUCCGCCAUUGUAUUGGAGAAGCUGACAGGGAAGAGUGGAUUGGAAAUCGGCGGCGUAUCAGAUCCAUUUCGAAACGUGGUGCCAAUCUACAAUGUCAUUGAAUCGCUGGAUAAUUCGAACUUUGCAGCAACCACCCUUUGGGAAACCUCUUUGCAGGACGGUCAAAAGACCUUCAAAUGGAAUCCAGCGAAAGAUCCUGGAAUUCAAUAUGUGAUGGAUGUCACCGAUAUGUCCAAACUACGUGACGCUGGAAAGUUUUACGACUUUGUAGCGGCAUGCCACAUGUUAGAGCACAUAGCAAAUCCACUGCGCGCUGUCAAAGAGAUGGUCUCUGUUUUGAAACCCGAUGGGUAUUUGUUCCUUCUUGUACCAUACAAAAAGGCGUGUUUCGACCAUUUUCGCGACUACACCCCAAUGUCGGACUUGCUUUCCCAUUGGGAUCGCCACACAAGAGAAGAGGACCUCAGUGAACAUUUCGAAGAGAUCAUGCUACUACACGACCUGUCCAUGGAUCCUCCUGCCGGGAGCUUGGCCCAUUUCAGAUCACGCAGCUUGAGAAAUAAGGACGUGCGUGGGCUGCAUCAACAUGUAUUUAGCUACGAACUGCUUGAACAGGUCUGUCAAUGGGCUGGUUUGAAAACGGUCACACAAGACCGUACAGGCUUGCACAUGUUUGCUUUGUGUCAGAAAAGUAGCUGAGUUUGUAGGUCACUAGUAUUUGCAUUCAAUGGACCUAGCAAUUAUUGGAUAAAUAGAGUUAGGAUUAACCAAACAUUUGGCAUCAACUGUUGUGAAGGGAAUGCAUCCGAUGGAGUAACUAAAUAUAGGGAAGGGGGGCAUUCAUUUUCAAUUAUCC